AUGCCGCGUUUACCUAUAUUCCUUGGCGUUUUUACCAUCGCUUUAGCGGUGCCGUUAAUCGAGCCACCAAAUCGAAUCUCGCAAAAAAUGUCUGAGCCGGAGGCGAGGAAAGUCUGGAAAUCCCUAGGACCAGGCGAUGCUGUUUGCAUUGAUAUCGAUCAAACGCUAAGGAAAGAUAAUGUCUUUCAGGAAUUAGGCCGAAUGCUCGGUAUGUUCGAGGCGAUCGAAAAAAUCACCAACCUGGCCAUGUCGGGCUCCUUCUCCCAUGCCGACUCGAUGCGAAUGCGGCUGAACAUGAUGAAUAUCUCCAGGGCACAAUACGAACAAUUCCUGAAAAUCCAGAUGAACUCAACUAAAGAGCAUUUGGCUCCCGGUGGUGUUGAUUUGAUCGCUGCUCUGAAAAAGAAGGGAAUCGAUGUUUACCUAGUCGGUGGUGGUUUCAGAGAGAACGCCAAUAAUUUGGCCGAUUAUUUGGGGAUCUCUAGAGACCACACAUUUUCGCACGAUCUCGUGUUUGAUGCGAAUGGUAACUACAAAGAUCUGGACGUUAGCGGUGUUUCAGAUGGGCAAGGCCAUCAUGGUAAAUCCAACUUAUUGCGGGUUCUGAAAGCUGAGCGCAACAUCAAGAAGUUGGUUAUGUUGGGUGAUGCAACGAUUGAUAUGGUCGCUUGCCCGCCAGCCGAUCUUUGUAUUGGAUACGGGAAAUUCUACAUGGAACCGCUUGUGAAAGCGAUGGCUGACUGGUAUUUGAUAGAUAUGGAAGAGCUGAUCAGGGCACUA